AUGGAUUCAAACAACCUCAACAAACUUUUUUGGGAGGUGAUUGAAGAAGAACUUAUGGACAACACAGAUGAAGAACUAUUGUUGUCAAUGCUCGAGAAGGAACGUCAACCUAGAAGUUCAUCAAGGCAAAAAAGAAGAUCAGUGAUAGAUCGGAAUCGUGAAGAAUGGCAUAUACGAUUAUUCAACGACUAUUUCUCAGAAAAUCCAGUAUACACAGAUGCCCAAUUCCGUAGAAGGUUCAGAAUGCAUAGGCAUUUGUUUCUUCGAAUUGUAGAAGCCUUUGGAAAUCAUGAUGAAUAUUUUCAAACGAGGGUCGAUGCAACUGGUAAAAUGGGUCUUUCCCCAUUGCAGAAGUGCACUUAUGCUCUUUGUAUGUUGGCAUAUGGAUUUUCUGCUGACGUUGUAGACGAAUAUGUUCGAAUUGGUGAAAGCACUGCAAUUGAGUGCUUAGAGAGAUUUGUAAGGGGCGUGAAUGAGGUAUUUGGGGCUAAGUAUUUAAGAAUGCCUAAUAACAAUGAUGUUGAACAUCUUUUACAAAUGGGGGAGUCACGUGGAUUUCCAGGCAUGCUAGGUUCCAUUGAUUGUAUGCAAUGGGAAUGGAAGAAUUGUCCUAUUGCAUGGAAAGGACAAUUUUAUCGAGGUGAUCAUGGUAAACCUACGAUCAUGCUUGAAGCAGUGGCAUCACAAGACUUAUGGAUUUGGCAUGCAUUUUUUGGUAUUGCAGGUUCAAACAAUGACAUUAAUGUGCUAAACCAAUUCAAUGUGUUUAACGAUACUUUGGAAGGACGUGCUGCUACUGUGCAAUAUACAAUCAAUGGGACUCCAUAUAACAUGGGGUAUUAUUUAGCAUAUGGUAUAUAUCCUGAGUGGGCUACAUUUGUCAAGACCAUUUCAAUGCCGUGGGGAGAAAAGAGAAAAUUAUUUGCUCAACAUCAAGAAUCAGCUAUAAAGGAUGUGGAGCGGACAAUUGGAGUGCUCCAAUCUCAAUUUGCAAUUAUACGUGGCCCAGCGCGUGCCUGA